GCUGUGGAGGAGGGGUAGUGGGUGACAGACGGCCAGAGAGUAGGAGGAGGGGAGCCAGACAGUCUGGCUUGGGUUUGAGGGAAGCAGUCGGGGAGCGCGUGAGGAAAUGAAGGAGAGCCUGAGACUAUGUGGACGAAAGCAGUGUGCGCACUAACCCGCCCUGCUGCUGCUGCUGCUGCUGCUGCUGCUGCUGGCUGAGCGGAAGGCGGAAUGGCGGGGGCGGGGGCGGGGCCGAGGCUGAGGCUCUGGCGGGCUCGGAGGGGUCGGGUUCCCGAAGCGGCAAAAACCCUGGCGCCAGAGUUAGGCCGAGCAGAGAAACAUUGCUAAACCGAGGCCGCGCGGACUUCUCAAAGAACCGCCGCCACCGGCGACUUUGGCGCUGCAGCCAUCCUCUUAUCUCUUUCCCGUCCUCUCCUCCGUCGCCGUUCUGCAUCCAUCGCACCAUCGAUAACAGCUAAGUGGUCAAUUCUGGGGACUUAGGGUUGGGAGUCGGGGCGGGCUCAAGGCGCGGACAACACACGCAAGCCCGCCAUCUCCAGCGGCAACCGCCACUGCUUGCAGAUACCUCUCCGGAGUGGGAGAGAACACUGUCAAGAGGCCCCCUCUGUUCUAGUGCCCAGAGUUAGAGCGUUUCUGCCAAGCCUUAGUGAGAGUCUUGCCUUUCGGGAAAGGAGGAGAACGGACAGGACAGGAUCUGUCUUUUUUGGGGGAUCACGAAAAAAAGAUCUCAUACUGGAUAGCGUUGACUUUUUGUUAGUUUAAUCUAGCAAGUGUCAACGUUGCCGAGUCUCCUUAAACCCUAGCCAUGUCGCCCCCAACAGUGCCUCCAAUGGGCGUAGAUGGCGUGUCCGCAUACCUGAUGAAGAAAAGGCACACCCACAGGAAGCAGCGGCGCAAGCCCACUUUCCUCACCCGUAGGAACAUAGUUGGCUGCCGCAUUCAACACGGCUGGAAGGAAGGCAACGAGCCUGUGGAGCAGUGGAAAGGCACCGUGCUUGAGCAGGUUUCCGUGAAGCCCACUCUCUACAUCAUCAAAUAUGAUGGCAAGGAUAGUGUGUAUGGGCUAGAACUGCACCGAGAUAAGAGAGUUUUAGCGCUAGAGAUCCUUCCUGAGAGAGUGCCCACUCCUCGCAUUGAUUCGCGCCUGGCAGAUUCCCUGAUUGGCAAGGCAGUAGGUCAUGUGUUUGAGGGUGAGCACGGUACGAAAGAUGAAUGGAAGGGCAUGGUCCUGGCGCGAGCUCCUGUGAUGGACACUUGGUUUUACAUCACCUAUGAGAAAGAUCCAGUCCUUUAUAUGUACACACUGCUGGAUGACUACAAAGAUGGUGACCUGCGCAUCAUCCCAGAUUCCAACUACUAUUUCCCUGCAGCAGAACGGGAGCCUGGAGAAGUUGUCGACAGCCUUGUGGGCAAGCAGGUGGAGCACGCCAAAGAUGAUGGGUCCAAGAGAACCGGCAUUUUCAUCCACCAAGUUGUGGCCAAGCCAUCUGUCUACUUCAUUAAGUUUGAUGAUGAUAUUCACAUUUAUGUCUAUGGUUUGGUGAAAACACCCUAAAGAUUCGUUAUACUAUUGCAGAAGUUGUGGAACGAUUAAAUGUAAAAUAUGUUGUGUGAACUUUUGAGAACAGUUUUGGUGUCAGAGGUUAAAAAAGUUAUUAAUUACUGUGCACCAAAUUUACAUUGACUAGUUCCACAAUUUUGCCCCAAGUAAACUUUGGUACUUUUUAUAUUACCUUGUUCUCUAAUAAAAUUUUUAAAUAGGAUGUUAAUAGAAAAUUGAAAAAUUCAUAAAAUUUCAACAAUGGAAAUCUCGAUAAAGAAAAAUAAAUGGUGUAUACACACUGUAUCUUCCCCUCUUCCAUUCUUUGCCUUACCAUUUUUUUUUUUUUCUCCCCAGGUAACAAAUGUUAAGAACAUAGUGUAUAUCCUUCCAUGUUUUCUCCAUUUGCCUAAAGGAAAUUUGUUGUCCUUUCUACAGAAACAGCAAGCCACAUUAUUUCUCUGUAUUUGCUUUUCUCACUUGAUAUAUCCUUCUGGUCAGUAACUACAGAUAUCUCUCGAUCUCUCCCAUGCCUCUGUCUCUUUUCCAUCUCCCCCUGGAAUUUAUUUCUGUAUAUGGUAUAAGAUAGAGGUCCAACUAUGCAUUGUACUUAUAUUGAAUGCUGAAUUGUACCAUCACAUUUGUUAAAUGAAUCACUCAUCUCCCCUUUCCUUCUAUUUCUCCUUGUCUUCCUUCUUUCUAACAGCUGCAUACACAGUACAUACUUAUUUACCAAAAUGAUACAAUUUAUGUACCAUUACAUUUUUGAUGGUCUUUUAAGUUAUUUUCUUUUUUUUUUUUCCACCAUAGCACUGCUACAAUAUAUACUGAUGCUUUUAUUUCUAUAGAGUAGCUUCCCAGAAAUGGGACUGCUAGUAGGUGUAUAUUUAAUUUUAAGAGUUACUACAAAAUUGCCAUCCCAAAUGAAAGUGAUCAUUUUCCAGCAUCUCCUACAGCAGCACACUUUAGUAUUUGCAAACCUGAAUGGUGAAAAAUUACAUAGUAUUGUCUCUUUAAUUGACAAACUCAAUGAGUUUUUUGUUUUUGUCUUUUACUAUUUGGACUUCUUGUGAUUGCCAAUUCUUAUCUUUUGCUCAUUUUCUAUCAAAGAGUUGAUCUUUUCCUUAUAAAUCUGUAGUAAUUCUAAAUAUGUUUUCUAUGUGGUGCUUAUUAGUCAGUUGUAGCCCACAUGUGUUAUGAUUUUCUCCAUUCUAUCUUUAAUAUUGACUUUAUUGAUAUCUUCUCUUUUUUACUGUACAGUUUUUUGUUUUUUUUUUUUUUAAUUUAGAUUCCUAUCUCCUUUUAAGCUUUUGGGUUUCUUGUCUUUUUCAGCUGAAUGCUCCCACCCCUAGUCAUACAAAUAUUUACCUACAUUAUUUCCACAUUAAAGCCCCCUCGGUGUGUCACUAAUAACUAUGUGAUCCAUCAGGAAUUUAUUUUUGUGUAUGGCAUAAGAUAGACGUUCAACUACACAUUUUGUUCACAUUGUAUACUUGGUUAUGCUAUCACAUUUAUUAAAUAAAUCACCCAUUUUCCAGUUUCUGAGCCAGUAUCACAUUAUUUUAAUUGUACUAGCUUGACUUGGUCAAGCUAUCACAUUAUUUUUAUUGUAUCACAUUAUUUUAACUGUAAUAGCUUGACUUGGUAAAGCAAGUCCCCUGUCACUAGUUGUUUUUUUUUUCCUUUAUGUAAUUUGUCCUAGACAUUCAUUAUUUCACAUGAAAUUUGUCAGCAUUCUUUCCACUUUUAAAAAAAAGUGUGAUGUCUUAGAAUUGUAUUACAUUUCUGCAUUUCUAUUAGAGGAUGAUUUUAAUAGUAAUAUUAAUUGUAAAUACUUGAGAAUUUCCGUACAUCAUUAAAAUGUUUUGGUUGUGUUUUUGUAAUGUUCUUCAUAUAGGUUCAUUACAUCUGAUUAAAUUUAUCUCUAAAUAUUUGUACAGUUUUUGUCACAUUUUGAAAUGUAUCUUUUCCUCCUAAUUUGUAUUUUUGGCAAUAUAUACAAGCUAGAGUUAUUUUCCUUCUAUUUUCAUCUUACAAAAUCCUCUGAAUUAUAGGGGGUCUUUUAAAUAGAAUAUUUGGGACUUUUUAGAUAUGCAAUCAUCUCACCUGCAAAUAAAGAUCAUUUUAUUUCUUACAGUGUUUAUAUUAAUCAUUAUUACAUUAUCUGGAUUCUCCAAAAAAUGUUGAAUAAUGAUUAUGACAGACAUGCCUGUCUGGUUCUUAAUUUUCAUGGAUUUGUCUUUAGUAUUCUCUAUUAAUAUGACAUUUGCUGUUGGUUAUUGGUAAAUAGUCAUUAACAUGUUUAGGGAAUUUCAUCUCUUCCUGCUAAGUUUCACUUAGCAUUAUUACUAAAAGUGGCUCCUGAAGUUUAUCAAAUAUCUUUUCAGUGUCUAUUGAUAAAAUAGUAUGAUUUUUUUUUCCUUUAAUUUGUUGGCAUAAUGAAUUAGAGUGGUAGGUAUUUGAUAUUGAACCAAAUUUGUGUAUCUGGAAUAAAUCCCACUUGGUCAUGGUGUAAUAAUCAUCUGAUAUAUUGCUGUAUAUUAUUAACUAAUAUUUUAUUUAGUAUUAUUGUAUUUACAUUUCAAAGUGAAAUUGUAUUUUACAAGUUUUGUUAUUAAAAUUGUGCUAGCUUUAAAAAAUGAAAUUACAAGUUUCCAACCAUUUUACUGUGUCCUGGAGUAGUUUAAAUAGCAUUAGAAUUAUUUGUUCUUUAAAAACUAGCUAGUAAUGAGCUAUAAAAACAGUCUAAUCCUGGUGACAAUUUCAGUGGUAGAUCUUUAAUCCACUUUUUUAUCUCUUCAAUGAUAAUUGGUUUAUUCAAGCUUUCUGUUAUAAAGGAAUGUAUAUUCCUCUGUGAAAUACAAAAUUUAAAGUUUUCUCUAUUACAGGCUUCUUGCUUGUAUUAUUCAGAUGCUUUAUGUCUUUGUGUGCUGUAUAUGCAUAUAUCUUAGAUAUGUUCAAUUUUGAAAACACUGUAAUAAAACCAUCUCCGACUGUUUUAAA